UUUCCAUUAAGUGAUUAUUAUUUAUACUGUUGUUUUACUUUACUUCAACUUUUUAUCUUCUUUAUAUAUCUUUAUUUUAGAAAUAUAUCUAUAAAGACAAGGAUAAAUUCUCUAUCAAUAAAGAAAUAGUAGUUAUUGAAAUGGUUCUUCCAACUUUAUAUCGUGCUUCUACCAGAGCUGCUUUUAAAGCUGCCAGAAGCAAUUUCUUGUUCUCCAGAAAUUUAGCUUCUGCUGCUUCCAGUGGUAAAAUUAGAGCUGUUAUUGGUGCCGUUGUUGAUGUCCAAUUCGAACAAGGUGCUUUACCAGCUAUUUUGAAUGCUUUAGAAGUUACCUUAAACGAGGGUCGUUUAGUCUUAGAAGUCUCUCAACAUUUAGGUGAAAACACUGUCAGAACCAUUGCUAUGGAUGGUACUGAAGGUUUAAUUAGAGGUCAAGAAGUUAAGGACACUGGUGCUCCAAUUUCUGUCCCAGUUGGUAGAGAAACAUUAGGUCGUAUCAUCAACGUUGUUGGUGACCCAAUUGAUGAAAGAGGACCAAUCAACACUAAACAAAGAAACCCAAUCCAUGCUGAUCCUCCAGCUUUUGUUGAACAAUCAACCGCUGCCGAAGUUCUUGAAACUGGUAUCAAGGUUGUUGACCUACUAGCCCCAUACGCCAGAGGUGGUAAAAUUGGUUUAUUCGGUGGUGCUGGUGUCGGUAAAACCGUCUUUAUCCAAGAAUUGAUUAACAACAUUGCUAAAGCCCAUGGUGGUUUUUCUGUUUUCACUGGUGUCGGUGAAAGAACCAGAGAAGGUAAUGAUUUAUACCGUGAAAUGAAAGAAACUGGUGUUAUCAACUUAGAAGGUGACUCUAAAGUCGCAUUAGUCUUUGGUCAAAUGAAUGAACCUCCUGGUGCCAGAGCUCGUGUUGCCUUAACUGGUUUAACCAUUGCAGAAUUCUUCAGAGAUGAAGAAGGUCAAGAUGUCUUGUUAUUCAUCGACAACAUUUUCCGUUUCACCCAAGCUGGUUCCGAAGUGUCUGCCUUGUUGGGUCGUAUUCCAUCUGCCGUCGGUUAUCAACCAACAUUAGCAACUGAUAUGGGUCUUUUACAAGAACGUAUUACCACCACCAAAAAGGGUUCAGUUACUUCUGUCCAAGCUGUUUAUGUCCCAGCCGAUGAUUUAACCGAUCCUGCUCCAGCUACCACCUUCGCACAUUUAGAUGCUACUACUGUCUUGUCCAGAGGUAUUUCCGAGUUGGGUAUCUAUCCAGCUGUCGAUCCAUUAGAUUCUAAAUCAAGAUUGUUAGAUGCUUCCGUUGUCGGUCAAGAACAUUAUGAUGUUGCCACCAAAGUCCAACAAACUUUACAAGCUUACAAAUCCUUACAAGAUAUCAUUGCCAUUUUAGGUAUGGAUGAAUUGUCUGAACAAGAUAAGUUAACUGUUGAAAGAGCCAGAAAAAUCCAAAGAUUCUUAUCUCAACCAUUUGCCGUUGCCGAAGUCUUCACUGGUAUCCAAGGUAGAUUAGUUAGAUUAAAAGACACUGUUACUUCAUUCAGAGAUGUCUUGGAAGGUAAAUAUGAUCACUUACCAGAAAAUGCCUUCUAUAUGGUUGGUGGUAUUGAAGAUGUUGUAGCUAAAGCUGAAAAAUUAGCUGCUGAAGCUAACUAGAUUCGCAAUGUCUCUUGAUAUUUAAUGUAUUUUGUUAGUUUUAGAUUCCAUAUUCCAAUUUUAAAAAAUAAAAAUUACUUUUGAUAAAAAGCUCACUAAUUUUUUUUAAAUAUUUUUAUAUAUAAAUAAACCAUAUAAUGUUCCUCAUGAAUUUAUAAAAUUAUUCAACUUGUCUUGAAACUAACUAACUAAUUAACUAACAAGUAGAAAAGAAAGCACAAAAUGAGAGAUAUCAAAAAAAGGACAACUUGAAAUUAUUAAUUAACGACUUAUAUUAAAUAUGUAAAUACGAUAUCAUUAUAAUAAACUAUACAUUAUUAAUGUUAUA